AUGUCUGAAGAGAAAGUUAGAGUUCCAGAAACUGAAGAAGAAAGACAAGAAAGAUUGGCUAAACAAGAAGAAAUUGAUGGUCGUUCAGUAUAUGUUGGUAAUGUUGAUUAUCAAAGUACCCCAGAACAGUUGGAAGAAUUUUUCCAUGGAGUUGGAGUAAUUGAACGUGUCACCAUCUUAUUUGAUAGGUUUAGUGGAUUACCUAAGGGAUACGCCUAUAUUGAAUUUGAACAAACUGAAAGUGUACAAAAAGCCAUUGAUGAAUUACAUGGUAAAGAAUUUAGAGGUAGAGAAUUAAGAGUCACUGCCAAGAGAACUAAUUUACCUGGUUUCAGAAGAGGUAGAGGUAGAGGUGGUUUCAGAGGCAGAGGUAGAGGAAGAGGUGGCUUCAGAGGUAGAGGUAGAGGUAGAGGUGGUUUCAAUUCCAGAGACACUAGAAAUGGUGACUCUGAACAAGCUGACGGUGAUGCCGAGCAUGAAGAAACUAGUUAA